AUGGAUUCAAUAAUAGGUCCAAUUCCAUUUAUGACCAGAAUAUACCUGUCGACGUCAGUGUUUUUAAUGAUAUUGUGUUCACUGGACAUAAUAAGCCCAUUAAACCUGUAUAUGAGUUGGACACUGGUAUUUCAAGGAGAAGUGUGGCGAAUAAUCACGUGCUUCGUGUACUUCGGGUCUUUUGGAAUGAUUUUCUUCUGGAAUAUAUACGUACUGAUUCACUACUGCAGCUCACUGGAAAGUGUAACGAUGCACAAUAAGCCUGCAGACUUCCUAUGGAUGCUAAUAUGUAACGGAGCAAUGCUACUGGCACUGGCACAAGUGUUCGGACACAGUAUGUUCUACGGAGGAACAAUGAUUAACAUUUUAACAUACAUUUGGGGAAGAAAAAAUCCCUACAGUAGAGUAGGUAUCAUAUUUUUAUCGGUUCCAGCUCCAUACCUACCAUGGAUAUUGGCAAUACUGUCAUACAUGGCCGACUAUCUCCUUAACGAGAACCUAUUGGGAAUAUUCGUAGGACACAUCUACUACUUCUUCACAGACGUGUUCCCGAAAAUGCCAAUAUCAGGAGGACGCCAAAUAUUCGCAACGCCAGAGUUCUUGAAGGUGCUAUUAAAUCAAUACGGCUAA